UCACACACUAACUAGCCGGCGCUCAGACUGUAACAUUUCAGUUGCAGUUUUUAGCCCUGGACACACAGCUGAAGUCUGCCGUCUGGAUUACUGGAGCUACUGAGUGUGUCUGUGUGCGAGUGUCUGUAUGAGCGUUUAGUGUGUGUAUGUGUGUGUGAGUUUCUCAGUGCCAGUGCUCAGUGUGUGUGAGUGUGAGUGUGAGUGCCAAACUAUCCGUGUGAUUGUGUGUGCGCUAGUGUUGUUUUUUCUUUGUUGUGUUUGGUACUGUGAGUGUCGGCAAGUGUCUUUGUGUAUGAAUGUGAGUAUGUGUGCCUCUGUGUUUGGGGCUAUUUUGUUUGAGUGAGUAUGUCGAAUAGAAGGUGUGUGUGUCUGUAAACAUAUGUGUCCUCCUCUUAUGGGCCUGGCAAAGUCGGCCUCCUGUCGUGUGUGUGAGUGUGUGAGUGUGUGUGGCUUUGUUAAAUGGGGGGUUGCCAGAGUUACUCUGGUGCGGCGGAGAGUGACGGGGCACACACUUACGCCAACACUCAUGCGAUCAACCUCAACGACGUCAGCCUCCUCAAUCUGAAGAAUAAUAAUUGGCAGGCUCCUCUGUGUGGAGAUAAGAAGCCGUACCUGCGUCCAGAGUGUGUGAGCGAGAGAAUCACGCAGAGCAGCACUGAGCUCUUCACAUUCAGCGCCUUGCCACAUGGCUUAGACCUCAAUGAAUGGAUGGCCACAAACACUAUCUCAUUCUUCCAGCUGGUGACUCUCAUCUCCAGUGCUCUGUCUGAGCUCUGCACCUCCACGUCCUGCCCAACAGCCAGUGGACCUGGAGACAGGGUGUACUUUUGGAAAGAUGAGUCUGGAAGGAAAUUGAAGUGUUCAGCUCCUCUCUACACUGAUUACGCCCUGUCCUACAUCCAGGAACUACUGUCAGAUGAGGACGUGUUUCCCGUCAGGGCAGACGCCGAUUUCCCAGCUGGUUUCAUCUUCCUGGUGCAGAAGGUUUUCCUGCUGAUGUUCCGCACUCUGGCUCACCUGUACUCUGCCCACUACACACAGCUGGUCGCCAUGGAGAUGCACCCGCACCUGAACACUGUCUUCACGCACCUGGUGCUCUUCUGCCAGAGCUUCCAGCUGCUAGAGCCGCAGGAAAUCGAACCACUGCAGGACCUCAUCACAGCGCUCACACACAGCUAGCACACACACUCUCACACACACACACACAUGCAUAGCUAAAACACUUACAUAAACACACACACAGCUAACACAUAACCCCUCCCCCCCGCACACACACUCACAUACACAAAACACACACACACACACACACACACACACACAUACUCACAAAUACACACACGACGCCUUGACUGAAGAAUGGACAGGAUGUUAUAAUUCCCAAUGACCUUUUUGUACUCUCUGAUCGGGUGCUUCUCUGGAUCUUCUCCAUCUCUGUCCCUGUUUUCAUUUGAAAGCUUCAGGGUUGCGUUUUUGUGUGGACAAACAGAAAUGGAGACUUUUGAAAACGAGGACACAGAAACCCAUGCUCACUUUCCGACUGGGUCUUAAAAGUCACAUGUACUCACCUUGAUUCAGAACUCUCCAUUCAUGUGACCCUUUUCCAGAAGAAAGCAAAUGUGAUUCAGGCGUGUCGUAUUAACGCUGAUAGUUUCAGAAACAGAGCUGGAAACACUGGUGUGGACAAAGAUCAUCACAAUAGUUUGAGAAAGCAUUAAGGGUCAUUCACACCAAGAACGAUAACGAUAAUUGUAACUAUAACCAUAACAACCAUAACCAUAACUAUAACCUUUCACUCUGAACAACGAUAAACAAAGUCUCUCCUUGUGUUAAUGAAUGUGACGGCUAAAAUUUGAUGGGUUCUGAUUGGCUAUUAGCUUUUUAUCGUUCUCAAAAUCGCGAGUGACCCCCAACGAUAUUGUUAUUCAUGUUGUUAUCGUUUUAGUUUUCAUUUCGAUAUCAUUAUUCAUGUCGUUAUCGUUUUAGUUUAUGUGUGAACAACGUCAUUCAUAUUAAUGAGAACUGUUUGAUUAUAGUUAUUGUUAUCCUUAUCGAUUGUGUGAAUGACCCUUUAGUGUGGACAUAGCCUCUAUCCAAUGCUCUGAUGACAAACAGAAACAGCUCAGUGGCCAGUGUGAGAUGCUAAAGAAGAACAUGGGUGUAUCAUGAAUAGCAUGUUUUGUACAUCCAGACAUGCAGUACAAUACACAUUAGGAUAAAUCCACCCUAAAUGUGGAUAGAAUGAUUUGUGUUUUUACUACUUUUCAAACUUUGAAAACCACUCCCUCAUGAGGACAGAGCACACUGCAUCCCAGCUGACCUCAGUGGAAAUGCCACUGCUUUUGUCCUGUUGAGGAUGGGUUUUAACCAGGACAACACAGCCCUGUAUGUGUCCAUCUGCACAGCAGUCCCCUGCAUCCAGCACUGGACUCAUUAUGCAUCACACUGCAGAGGACCGCUCACUGUGUCCCGACUGUCACCAAGUUCUGACACACACACACACACACACACACACACACACACACACACACACACACACACACACACACACACACACACACACACACACACACCGAGAGGGGCAGGGAGAGGAGCAGAUAAUUCAGAUACACAGGACCUGUUCAUCCAGGAAGAAAAGUGCACCUGCUUUCGCAAAUAUACAGUACAUCCCUGUCCAAAAGCUCUCUCUCUCUUUCCCAUACACAUACACAUACACACACACACACACACA